UUAGGGUUUUGCCACUGGCAGCUGUUUUUUUCCCCUUUCCUGUUUCUGUCUCUCCUUCUUUUAGGUUGCUCCACCCCGCCCAGGAUCAGGCCAGGGGGAACCGGCCGCACCGCGGUUGCCAACUCGCGCCGGGCGCUUUGGCGAAGUCCCGGAGUGGAGUCCCGCGUCCCGCCUCCUCCCUGCGGGGCGCGCUCUCCUCGCUCCCCCCGCAACCCUUCCCCACUUUUCCCCCCUUUUGCAAUCACAUGGCAUUUUAAGAAUGCCGGAAAGAUGGCGGUAGCGGCGGCGGCGGCAGCGGCGGCCGGGCCGGCCGGCGGGGGAGGCGGCCGAGCGCAGCGGAGCGGGCUGCUGGAAGUUUUGGUGCGGGAUCGCUGGCACAAAGUUCUGGUGAACUUGAGCGAGGACGCCCUGGUUCUGAGCUGCGAGGAGGGCGCUGCGGCGUACAACGGCAUCGGGACCGCCACCAAUGGCUCGUUCUGCAGGGGCGCCGGCGCGGGGCACCCGGGCGCGGGCGGCGCGCAGCCCCCGGACUCGCCCGCCGGGGUCCGCACCGCCUUCACUGACCUGCCCGAACAGGUCCCCGAGUCCAUCUCGAACCAGAAGCGUGGCGUGAAGGUGCUGAAGCAGGAGCUGGGCGGGCUGGGCAUCAGCAUCAAGGGGGGCAAGGAGAACAAGAUGCCCAUCCUCAUCAGCAAGAUCUUCAAGGGGCUGGCGGCGGACCAAACUCAAGCCCUGUACGUAGGGGACGCCAUCCUGUCCGUAAACGGGGCCGACCUGCGGGACGCCACGCACGACGAGGCGGUGCAGGCGCUGAAGCGCGCUGGCAAGGAAGUGCUGCUGGAAGUGAAGUAUAUGAGGGAAGCCACACCCUACGUGAAGAAAGGCUCCCCAGUAUCCGAGAUUGGGUGGGAAACGCCUCCACCAGAAUCCCCUCGGUUAGGCGGCGGGUCCUCAGAUCCUCUGUCAUCGCAGUCCUCCUCCUUCCAUAGAGACCGGAAAAGCAUCCCUCUCAAGAUGUGCUUCGUCACUCGGAGCAUGGCCUUGGCUGACCCUGAGAACAGGCAACUUGAAAUCCACUCUCCAGAUGCUAAGCACACGGUGAUCCUGCGAAGCAAGGACUCAGCCACUGCCCAGGCCUGGUUCACUGCCAUCCAUUGCAACGUCAGUGACCUGCUCACCCGAGUGAUCACCGAGGUCCGAGAGCAGCUGGGGAAGACGGGCAUUGCUGGGAGCCGGGAGAUCAGGCAUCUUGGCUGGCUUGCAGAAAAGGUGCCCGGGGACAGCGAGAAACAGUGGAAGCCAGCCCUGAUUGUGCUGACUGAGAAGGACCUUCUAAUUUAUGACAACAUGCCACGGAGGAAGGAAGCCUGGUUCAGCCCAGUUCACACGUACCCUCUUCUUGCCACCAGGCUGGUCCAUUCAGGUCCAGGGAAAGGAUCACCCCAGGCUGGUGUAGAUCUGUCCUUUGCAACACGAACUGGUACCAGGCAGGGUAUUGAAACGCAUCUCUUCAGGGCUGAGAUCAGCAGGGACCUCUCACACUGGACAAGGAGCAUAGUACAGGGGUGCCAUAACUCAGUUGAACUCACUAUUGAAGUCACCACAGCUUGCACCUAUAAAAACCAGGAGUGCCGGUUGACCAUACAUUAUGAGAAUGGAUUUUCUAUUACCACUGAACCACAGAAGGGUGUCUUUCCCAAGACAAUCAUACAGGCUCCUUAUGAAAAGCUGAAAAUGUCUUCAGAUGAUGGAAUCAGGAUGCUGUAUUUAGAUUUCGGAGGCAAAGAUGGAGAGCUUCAACUGGACCUUCAUUCCUGCCCCAAGCCGACUGUUUUCAUCAUUCAUUCCUUCCUGUCAGCUAAGAUUACAAGGCUGGGGUUGGUGGCCUGAACAGAGGAGCGAAUUGCCUUUGAGAAAAGGAGGGCUGCGAUGCCACCGAAAAGUGUCAUAUCAGACACCAUUUGCAGUGAUGCACCAGAUGUAGCAUGCCACUGUCAGCUCUGGAUCCCAAGAGUCCUGUGUAACAGUCCCAGACUCCUCUGUCAAUUUCAGCAACUAUAAAGGGUACCUUCAGAAAAAUUCCACAAGGACUAUCAGAAUGAAACUGUUGUUUUAGAACAGUAAAAGGGUAAAGAGGUGAGGCUGAUUGGAAAUACACAGCAUAGCUUUUAAAUAAUGACAGUCAAGGACAUGAACAUUAGAACAGCAUGUGCAGAUCUUAAUCAUACCAGUUUCUAGGCAACUGGUUCACCCAGGUAAGCAAGGGCUGUAUAGAUGAGAAAUGGACAUUUUCCACCUCUCCCCUCCCCACCCCUUGUUUUAUUGCGCUUUAUUUCCUAUUUCUAAUUGAGUUGACUUUCGCUGCUAAGGAAAGAAAAGUACUUCCAAUGGAAACCCACCUUUUAUUUAAGUGUGAAACAGCUGUUACUUUUUCUUAAUGAAUUAUCUUUCAAUGAUGUAGAAUGAUUCUGAAGUGUUCUGAUUAGCAUACGAUGAGUGGGAAUUAAAUAAAGCAUCAGAUACUGAUCUGAGCUGUAAGCUGGUGGAUUCUGAGCCAAAGUAGACUGCUUAAAUUGCAAAGCUUUGCUGAAGAGUGGUGUGCGUGAAAGAUGAUUAAUUCUGGGACUACACUCAUACCCAAGGUCUGCUGUCUUAGAGCCAUGACUUAUAGCUUUAUUUAUAAAAGCAAAUUAUGGAUUUUUUUAAAAGAUUGUCAAUGGAUAUAUAUAUAUACAAUAAUUCAUGCGGGGUUAACUAAUUUUCCCCGUCUUGUGGUUUUCAGUGGAAGUACUCAGCAAUUUAUUGGCCCUUGUUUCUGCCUGUGCUUGUAUGCAUGCAUUUUCAAGCAAGUAAUAGAGCAGCCUUAUAUGAUUCUGG